AUGGAUUCUACGUUUAUCUCCAAUUUAAAGAGCGCUCCUAAUGGGCUUCUUUCCAAAGUUUUGUUGGUUGGAAUCUUUGUCAAUGCCUGGUACUUUUAUUACCUCACUUUUAAUUCAAGUAAAUCUACCGGUAUUAGUUUCAAGUAUGGUGACAGUUUCAGUGAGGCACCAGGUGCUGAAAUAAGUGUUUCAAAUUUUAGAGAUUUUGUUCGUCCUUUGGACAGAGACAACAGCAGUGCCAUUUUUAACACUAUAAAUGACGCCUUGAAACAAAGAAAUUCUGACAUUCAUUCUGUUGGUGUUUCCUUCAUCCCUGCGGUGAUUCCACAGGGAACAUUAUUAUACCAUGCUGGUGUAAGUGAAAUUCCUGAUUCGUUUGAAUGGGUUGCAUUUGACUAUGAGUUUAGUUUGAAUUUCGGAACUAGACGUCAGUCUAGGGGUAGAGCCUCGGGGAACCGAAACUCUAAUGGACAUGGGCCUGGUGGUGGACCUGGUGGUGGACCUGGUGGUGCAAAGCCUGGUGGUGGACCUGGUGGUGGACCUGGUGGUGCAAAGCCUGGUGCUGUGAAGAGGGCCGAAACGGAAGAGGAGAAGAAGGACCAGAACAAGAGAUUUUCUCAGACUGCCAGUUUGUUGACGUUCCAAGCUACUAGAGACUUAAACAAAGUUAUAAUAUUUGACGGUGGUAGUGCAGCCAAGAGUACUUCUGGCGAAAUUGACACGCAGCAAUUAUGGUCUAAUGUUAUUGCCAAGCAAAGUGGGGAUACGACAAAUGACACCGAGUACCAUAUGCCUGAACGUUUGUACGCCAGUAGAAUUUGUGAAUGGGGCAAACCACUUGGACUUGAUGGUUUCAUCAGAGUUGAACUUGCCUUCGAAAUGGUGAUUUGUGAUUUUAGUAGGGGAUUAGAACUUGUAAGCAACACAACCAUCCUUUCCAACAGUGACUUUGUGGGAUUACCACCAGCUGUUUCCUUAACCAAGGAGAACGGAUGGCCGAUUGGUGAUGAUGGAAAAAUCAUUGAAGACCAGUUGACCGACGAACAAAAGAAGGUUUUGGAUCAAGAAGACGUUUACGAUAAAUACUUAGGUGAAUUAGGUGCUGGUGGUACCUACGAUCAUUCUAAGGCUGGUCAGUUCCGUGAUGAAGGUGAGCGCAGAGCUAGAAUUGAUUUCAGAUAUAUGAUUACUGGUAUUAAUAGAACGUGGCUAAAUCCUAACCCUAACGCAAGAAGAUUAAUCUCUGACACGGUGCCAUUUUCACUGCAUGAAGAGAUUGUUGAAGAUUUGAAACAAGUCUUGUCCUCAGAUACUGGCUUUGAUUGGCGUCAAUCCACUGACUGGCAAAACGUUGCUAGAGACAUUAUUGGCAAAUUCACACCAAUGCUUUUGAGUGUGCAUGACACUCUCAAAUCCGGUACCGGUACUGCCGCGGAAAGAGCUCGGAAGGCGUCAUUAUACUAUACCAAUUUCGUUAGAAGGUUCCAGGAUACUGACCAAUCCUUUGAAAAAAGCAAAGAGUUCGCUGUUUAUCAAUACGCUACCCCAAUGGUACCUUUAAGAACUGAUUCUGACUUUUUGAUCUGGUCUGCAUUCGUCAAUGUGAUGACAGAUGUCAUCGAUGUUAUCUUCGGUGCUGAGAAAUCUCUUCAAUCGGUAAUUAAUGCAUCUUUAGAAGGAAGUACACCUGCUGAUAUUGACAACGUGGUUAACGAUGUCAUAGCCUCGAUUCAUGAACUGAUUGUAAACCUAAAAUGGGUCGAAUUAAGCUAUCGUUGCGCUGAGAAUUGUGGCUACGAUGGAUUCUGCUAUACUCCAUCGUGGGGCCCAAGUGCAUUUGGAUGGAUGAAUCCAAAUGUGAAGAACAAUCCUGAAACAGGUCUAAGGUGGGACGACUCCAUUAACCGUUAUGUCGUCGACGAAAAACAACAAUGUGUUAAUCUCGACACAAUCUUGAACUUCAAACGUCAGGCUUAA